AUGGCCCUCCGGGUAACUUUUGUUCUUUUGGUGGCUGCAUUCUGCCCUGCUGUCCUCUGCCAACAAAAUGGAACAUUGGGAAAGGAAACCACAGUCCAGGAAGAACAAAACAAUGAGACUAAAGUGGACAGUCUAACCCUGGCCUCCAUCAACACUGACUUUGCCUUCAGCCUCUACAAGCAGCUCGCUUUGAAGAAUCCAGAUAAAAACAUUGUCUUCUCCCCAUUCAGCAUCAUAACUGCCCUGGCCUUCUUGUCCCUGGGAGCAAGCAUCAACACCCUGGAAGAGAUUCUGGAAGGUCUCAAGUUCAAUCUCACAGAGACCCCUGAGGGAGACAUCCACAGGGGCUUUGGGCACCUCCUCCACAUGAUCAUCCAGUCAGGGGACCAGGUGCAGGUCAGCACAGGCAGCACCAUGUUUGUUGAAAAAAGCCUGCGGAUCCUGACAGAGUUCAGGAAGAAGGCAAGGGCCCUGUAUCAGGCCGAGGCCUCCUCGACUGACUUCCAGAAGCCUCAUGAAGCAAAAAAGCUCAUCAAUGACUAUGUGAGCAAAAAGACCCAUGGGAAGAUCAAGGAACUGAUCUCAGAUCUGGAUGAUCAGACGUUAAUGGUGCUGGUGAAUUACAUCUACUUUAAAGGAAAAUGGGAGACACCUUUUUCCCCUGAUUUCACAUUUGAGUCUGACUUCUACUUGGACAACAAGAGGACUGUGAAGGUGCCCAUGAUGGAACAUAGGAUUCUGACCACACCCUACUUCCGGGAUGAGGAGCUGUCCUGCUCAGUGGUGCAGCUGAAGUACACGGGCAAUGCCAGCACCCUGUUCAUCCUCCCUGAUGAGGGCAGGAUGCAGCAGCUGGAAGACAGCUUACAGCCAGAGACCCUGAGGAGAUGGAAGGACUCUCUGAGACCCAGGAUGAUAGACAAGCUCCAAUUGCCCAAGUUCUCCAUCUCCACUGACUACAGCAUGGAGGGCAUCCUUUCACAGUUGGGCAUCAAGGAAGUCUUCUCCUCACAGGCUGACCUGUCUGGGAUCACAGGGGAAAAGGAUCUGAGAGUCUCUAAGGUCGUCCACAAGGCAGUGCUGGACGUGGCUGAGACGGGCACAGAGGCAGCAGCUGCCACAGGAGUCAGGAUAGUGGGAUCAGCUCUAAUUAUGAACCCUCUGGAAAUACAAUUCAAUAGGCCAUUCCUGCUGACUAUCAUUGACAGUAGUACUCAGAUUCCACUCUUUAUGGCCAAAGUCACAAAUCCCAAUGAAAACUAG